GCGAGCCAAGGACGGUCCAACGACGGAGCCGAACGCGCGUCGCGACCCAUGUCGUUCUAUAGCUGAUUCAUCAGCUGCUCCGCUCGAAAGUACCAGAGCCCAGCAUACAUCAAGCGCUCACGAUGCUUGGCGAUCGGUCACGACUCGUCACCGCCAUCGGGUUCGGAGCCAUGGGUUUAUCCUUGUGGUACGGGGACGCGUACAAGCAGGCGGACGAAGUGCGCUUGAAGUUCCUGGACGAGGUAUACGCUCGCGGGGAGCGCAACUGGGACACCGCGGACGUGUACGCUGACUCUGAAGAUCUCAUUGGCAAAUGGUUCAAGCGCACGGGAAAGCGGGACGAUAUAUUCCUCGCGACCAAGUUCGGCUGCGGGCACGGAGAGAAGGACAGGCUCGUCCGCGCUGACCUGGGUUAUGUACGCGAGGCGUUCGAGAAAUCGAUCAAGCGCCUCGGCGUCGACCACGUCGACUUGUACUACCUCCAUCGCGCGGACCCGACCGUGCCGAUAGAGCUCACCGUCGGCGCCAUGGCCGAAAACGUCAAAGAAGGCAAGGUGAAGUAUCUCGGCCUGUCCGAGGUGUCGGCGGCGACGCUCCGACGCGCGCAUGCGGUGCACCCGCUCACGGCGCUCCAGGUGGAAUACUCGCCGUUCGACCUAAGCCUCGAGAGCCCCCAGCUUGGUUUGCUCAAAACCGCACGCGAGCUCGGCGUCACCAUCGUUGCCUAUUCUCCGCUCGGCAGGGGCCUGCUGACCGGCGCGAUCAAAUCUCCAGACGACCUUGCGCCGGACGAUUCCCGGCGGUGGCUUCCUAGGUUCUCCAAGGAAAACUUCCCUAAUGUCCUGAAACUGGUCGACGGUCUCAAUGCCAUCGCCGCCAAACACGGCGCGACUUCCGGCCAGGUCGCCCUCGCGUGGUUGCUCGCCCAAGGCGACGACGUUAUCCCCAUCCCCGGCACGACCAAAGUCAAGAAUCUUGAAGACAACCUCGGCGCGCUGUCUGUGCAGCUGAGUCCGGAGGAAAGCAAGGAAAUUCGCGACGCGGCGGAGAAGCUGGAGGCCAUCCAGGGUCCCAGGUAUCCCCCGGAGUACGUCGCGAUCGCAUUCGCGGACACGCCGGAGCUGAAGUGAAGCUUUGCGA